AUGACUUAUGUGGGAUGGCUAAGCGGAGAAGAGGAGUGGCUUGUGAGAAGACCCCGUAGGAAAUCCUCGUCAAGAGGGUCGCAGAGGGUCGCAAAGGCAAGAAGCCUGCUAGCGAUUGCAAACAACCUGUAUGUCAGAAACGAUCUCGAGAGAUGUACAGAGGUCCUCAAGGAGGCGAUAUGCCUUGUCCCAAGAAACCCGCAGCCGUACUUCACCCUGGGACUUAUCUUUGAAGAGAGGGGCGAUAUAACAAAGGCAUACUACUGCUUCCUUGUUGCAGCGCAUCUUCAGAAGAAUAACUAUGGGCUUUGGAGCAAGCUCUACGAUUACUCGCGCCAGCUUGGGUACAACAGGGAGAGGAUAUACUUCAUUGAGGUUCUUCAGAGGAGAGGAAGCAAGAGAGAGAUGGUUGUCGAAAAGAUGAGCCUGUACCAGGGGGACAAGUUCAGGGAGCUGACCUGCAGAAUAGAGCUGUUUGAGUUUGACGGCGUUGACGACGGGAUUUUCAGGGCCAUUCACGAGGAGAUAACACACAAGGCCAGGCUUGCAAGACUUGCCAAGAAGCUUCUCGGGCAUCUCUCAAAGGACGAGGCCUCGUGCUCGGACUAUUAUGUUGAGCAGUUGAUCAUCUUGAAGUACGAGGCCUCCGACUUUGGAGACAUGAAAAUGGUGUUCGACAGGCACCUGUUCAGAAGGAAUGUCACUCUCAGCGUGAGGCUUAGAGUGAUAUACAUAAUGGCAUGCCUGCAUGGUGAGAAAGACAGGAAUGCCGAAGAAUGCAUCGACUCCUUUCUCGAGGAUGAUGAGGUAUGGUCUGAGAUUGCCGAUGUUGAUCUUCUGAAGCAGCUGGUUGACCUACUUAUAGAAAACGACAUGGCCAGCGAGGUGACAAGACUGCUAGGAAGAAUAAGAAACAGAUUUGGGGACCAGAGGGAGUUUGUGUACUGGAAGCUGGGAAGAAUGCUUCACGACAAAGGGGAGUAUGACGAGGCUCUUCUGUACUACAAGUUGGUGCUUGAAACCAACCCUGGAAACGACGACGUUAAGUCGCGCAUCCAUUCUAUCUACACAGGGCUGGGGAACCACGAGAUGGCUAAGAAGUACGAGACGAUUGCACAGCUUAUUGGCAUUGUUGAUGGAAGGAACAAGAAGGGAUGUGCAUAUUCUCCGGAGAUGUGCAUGGGCACAAGGGCGCUUUAUGAGAGCACUAAGGCCUUUGUGAAUGAUCGCGAGAAGUUCAUCGAGUCCAACGGCACUCUGGUUGAUGACUUCCUGAAGAACAGGUUCAUCUUUGAGAAAAAGAAAAAAAGAUCGUCCACAGGAAUAGGCCUGUACAGGCAGAGGCAUUCCAGCAACCCUGCUGCCCUGGAACCCGGGGGUGGAGACAGGGUAAUGAGGGACGGGGCUUCCGAUGGAUUCAGGUUUGUUGAUCUACACGGCUUGAGCAUUGACGAGUGGUUCAAUGUUGUGUCAGGCCAGAUCUUUUCUCUGCUUUCCAUUCGGCGUACCGAGGAGGCAAUGUCGUUGAUAUUCAGGUCCCUAGAGGCAUACAUUUUCAGGCACAGAAGCGACAUCAUCUGCAAACUGGCCUUUGCUGGCCUGAAGGCAUCGCUGAUGUUUGGAGAGUUUGGAGACUUUGUUUCCCUGAUAAGGAGCAUGAUCUGCCACACAGGGAACUACUCAUAUGCAUAUCUGCUGUUCUACUUCAGCAACUUCUUUAUGAGCUUCCAGAAGAAUAGCGACUUUUCAUACUUCCAGAAGUAUCUUCAACGGGUGUGCAGAAGAAGGCUUAGGAUUUCUCUAAGCUCCGAAGACGAAUCCUCUUCGAUGCCUCUGGAACCUGGAGAGAAGCCAGAAAAUGGAGAGAUGGGGGUCUACGAAGGCGUCCCUUGUGCAGAGGUGUGCAGGGAAGACGGCACAAGGAGAAGGGCAACAGGAGUGUCGCACUUCCUGUUUCUGAAUGCCCACAUCCCAAAUCUUCUGCAAUCGAAGACUGUCGAGAUGAUGUCUUCCCUCCAGAUGGAAGGCAGCCCAUCAGAAGGCAUAAUUCUUGCAUCAAUGUUCCUCAUCCACUCCAAGUCGAGGAGGGUAAGCGACAGGAACAUGUUUGUAAGGAAAGGGAUAUCGGUCCUCAAGAGGCUGAAGGAGAGGUCCAGAGGAGAAGAUGCACGGAUCAUCUCCUACAACAUUGGCAAGGCCUACCAGUUUUUUGGAUUUCCGGGCCUUGCAGAAAGCUUCUAUGUGGAAGCACUGGGAACAUCCAACACCGAGCUUCGAAGACUUGCACAAUUCAAUCUGUAUCUGAUAUACAAGAAAAACAACACAAUGCAGCUGUUCAAGAACAUUGUCGACGGCGACUAA